AUGACAAUGGACGACAGCCCUAUCGGAGGCGUUGUGAAUAAGCCCGGACAAGCAAAUGGCAGCGAAAAGUGCCCAAAAGCGGAAACAGUUCGCACUCGGCCCUGGAAAAGGCGGUCUUCCAAAGCCUGUACGAGUUGUAGGGUGAGGAAAGUAAGAUGCGACCUUCUGCUGUUAGGAAAGUCGCCCUGUUCAAAUUGCAAGCACGACGAGAUUGAUUGCUGUUUGCCACCACCAAAGAGGAGAAGACGACUCACCGAGAUGAUGCCGGAAGAAGUUGUUUCGCAAAUCGAUACUAAGUCGAGCCCCGAAGUCGACUGCGCUGCCGGUCUUGAUGUCUUGGAUGCCUUUAGUCCCGCCAAUAUCCAAGAGUGGCAGCGCCUUUCCUUGGAAUUCCCGGAUUUCGACGAGCAACCCUCCAAGAUGGACGACUCCACUAUGGAAAUGCCAAUUAUGAGCUGGGACCAUUUCGAGGAACAACUCCAACCAUCACCGAUUUCAGAUCUUCCAGAGCAAAUUGCGUCGUCUUGGGACGAUUUCAGACCCGAGACUCAGCAAAUAUUAGCACACGCUAAUCCACUUCCAACGCCAACAUCUCCAUCAUCCCUCUAUUCAGACUCUACCGAACGCAGUCGGAUAUCUCGCCAACCAGUGUCUGAGUUUGCCAAGAUCUUUCAUGCCAAGAUUGAGCGGGAUGUACAUGAAUAUCUUCAGCGGAUGGAGUCAAAGAUCAAGCACGAUAUACAUGAAUACAUGCAGCGAAUAGAGGUUCUCUCUGUGCCACAACAGCCACUUCAGGAUGCUCUUUUAAAAUCAUACAUAGAGUUUGUUCAUGGGCACUUCCCCCUGAUUGAUCCCCUGAUUGAUUAG